AUGCCUCUGCUGUGGCUUACAAUUCAAGCUCUCGCCGGGCUGCUCUUCUCAAAAGCGGUCGCGUUGGAUCUGCCAAAAUACGAAGGGCUCGUGACCUCCCAAAACAACAGCAUCUUGACGAUCACUUUGCACAACCCGGUGUCGUCGGUCAAUGCUUGGAGCGCUGAUAUGCAUGCUGGAAUGAAAGACAUCGUACGACGGCUUCAAGAAGACAAUGAGACUAAGGUAGUCAUCAUCAACAGCAGCGUCCCUAGAUUUUUCUGCAAUCACUUUGAUCCGGCAGUUUUUGCGAUUGCGAAUUUCACAGAAGACUACGCGAUGCUGAUGAUGAACAUUACAAACCUACCCCAGAUAACUAUUGGCGCCGUUGAGGGAAGGGCACGCAAUGCGGGACACGAACUCCUGUUAGCUUUGGACAUGCGCUUUGCAACUACGAAGGACGUUUUGAUAGGAGAGACCGAGACCGCAUUCGGCAAUUUUCCAGUGGCUGGAUCAUGUCAGCACUUGCCUCGACUCAUUGGACGAGGUUUAGCAAUGGAGUAUAUACUCAGCUCUCAAGAUGUCGACGCAAAGGAAGCAGAGAGGAUUGGAUGGAUCAACAAGGCGUUCGACUCUCGCAGGGACAUGUACUCACAUAUCGACAAACUCACCUCACGCCUCGCCUUGUUCCCACGCAGCGGCCUUGUUGCAUCAAAACAGGCGAUCAAUCUCCGGUCCAAGCCCUCGCGUGAGGACUUUUUACACGACAUUACUCUUUUCCAAGACCUUUCUAAUCCAGAUUUCGCUCGAAUUGUCGACCGGGUUGCGACCUUGACUAACAAUUGGACUGCAGGUGAGGUGGAGCUUAACUUAGGAAGGGAUGUUGUUCUAGCUUAUAAUUAG